ACGGUGGUUGUGGCCGCAGCUGAUCUCCCGUCCCCUUGAACCCUUUCCUGCUUCUCCCAAAACCCUCCCGACCCCCCAACGCUCUCGUUUCGGCGUCUCACAAAAAUGGUGAGCAAGAGACAGAGAGAAGCUCGCAGGAAAUUCAGAGCAGAACACCCAGAACUGGCUAAACAGCCAACGCCCCCAAAAGACCCAACCAAGAAGAAGGAGAAGAAGAGCUCCUUCAAGCGCAAGAAGGCACCCAGCGACCCAGCCAAAUCCAGAAAAAACCCCCAUAGAAAACACCCCCUCAGAGUGCCCGGCAUGAAGCCUGGAGAUAGCUGCUUCAUCUGUAAAUCCACCGAACAUAUCGCCAAGCUCUGCCCCGAGAAAGUUCAGUGGGACAAGCACAAGAUAUGUUUAUAUUGUCGCCAACGUGGGCAUAGCAUCAAGAAUUGCCUUAACAAGAAAGACGAUUCCGUGGCUGAGAAGUUAUGUUAUAAUUGUGGGGAAAAUGGGCAUUCGCUUUCUAAUUGCCCCUAUCCUCUUGAAGACGGAGGAACUAAAUUUGCCAAGUGCUUCAUCUGUAAUGGGACUGGUCACUUGAGCAAGAACUGCCCUCAAAAUACUCAUGGGAUUUAUCCAAAGGGUGGUAGUUGCAAAAUGUGUGGAGGUGUAACACAUUUGGCGAAGGAUUGUCCAAACAAAAGCAGCAGUUCAAUGUCCGCUGGUAGAUCUGCUCACUCAUGGAAAGAAAGUGAUCUUCCAAGAGGAAAGGUUACCAAAUUUCUGAGUGGAGACGAUCUUGAGGAUGAUUUCAGUUUCAUAGAUGAGAAGAAAAAUGGCGUCACACAAGACAAGUCCGCUGGUACAGUCUGUCCUGUUUCUCUUUCACAAGAAAGCACUGUAAAAUCAAAGAAGAAACAAGGACCCAAAGUAGUGAAUUUCGUUGCCACAGAAGCUUUAGAGAAUUCUCAGCCUUUGUUUUGCCCCUUAAAAUUCUCUUCCCCUCCGCAAUUUUCUGGUCUCAGCCUUUCCCCCCAAAAACAAGGAUUUCUCCUUCUGCUGCUAAACUUUCCAUCUCUCUUUCUUUUCCGGCCUUCUUCUUCAUUUCGCACUACACUCCGUCUCUUUUCCGACGACAAAAUGGCGUCCGGCAUGGCCGUGAAUGAUGAAUGCAAGCUCAAGUUCGUGGAGCUAAAAGCGAAGAGAAACUAUCGAUUCAUCGUAUUCAAGAUUGACAAACAAGAAGUGGUGGUAGAGAAAGUUGGCAGCCCAGAUGAAACAUACGAGGAUUUCGCGGCGUCACUGCCUGCUGAUGAGUGCCGCUAUGCUGUCUUUGAUUUUGAUUUCACCACUGCUGAGAACUGCCAGAAAAGCAAGAUUUUCUUCAUUGCAUGGUCUCCUGAGACAUCAAAGGUGAGAAUGAAGAUGGUGUAUGCAAGCUCUAAAGAUCGAUUCAAGAGGGAACUCGACGGCAUUCAAGUCGAGUUGCAGGCAACUGAUCCGAGCGAAAUGAGCCUCGACAUUAUUAAAGGCCGAGCUCUUUAAGUUUAAGCAGCAGAUCUUCGACCCUUCCUUGACAAUUACAUUUGUCUAUUUUUCUGAGAAGACAUUUUGUGUUUAUAAUUUUUUCUUCUUUUUUAUUUGUUGUAUUGGUUCAAUACCAACCAUGUAGUUUAAUGUAAUAUUAUGGAUUCUUUUAUCAAUUUGCAACUUCUUA